GCCUCAGCAGUUGUCUUCUUAGCCUUGCUGUCACCAGCAUGGACUUUGGUCAAAGUCAAAGCCUUAAAGAAUGCGCAGGACACCGCCCAACGGAAACGAGACGGAAGCUCGGAUGGAUCAGUUGAUCCUUUUGAGUCGGACAAACUCACUGCCAAAGCAUCUCGCAUGGUCCCGUGGCACAGCUUGGUGUCGGCCAGUCGCGCGGGUGAGGAGGACUUGGAGCCGGAUGCAGUGCCGGAGGCAGUGCCAGAGGCCGAUGGGUAUGGCUUU